CUUGCAUCGCUCGCCGGCUGCUUUCGCCUCCUUUCCUCGAGGAAGCGGCCAACAGUUUGGAGGAAAAAGUGGAGCCGGCCGGGUUGGAUGCGGCUGCCGACGCCGACGCCGAGCCAGGCGGCCGGGGCGGAGGAGUAGAGAGCAUGGCCGUGUCUUCUCCCCCGAGCAUUCCCGCAACUUCCAACCCCGGAGGAGGCGGAGGAGGCGGCGGCGGCGGCGGAGCAACCGGCGGGGGCUGCAGCAGCGGCGGCGGCGGUGGAAGCAGCAGCAGCAGCAACAGCAGCGCGGGGGGCUCGGCCGGCUUGUUCCGGGCGGACCCUCUUUAUGCCCCCAGCCCCUCCGAGUCCCCGCGGCUGGCCGCCGGCGGCGGCGGCGGCGGGAGCAGCGGCGGCGGGGCGAGCAGCCUCAUCCACGGCUUCCUCUCCAACGCGGCGCCCGCGGGCGGCGGCGGGGGUCUGGGGGUCCCCGGGUCCGCGGCGGCGGCGGCGGCGGCCCCUCUGGUGGGCAACGAGUGCAAGAUGGUGGACCUGCACGGGGUGAAGGUGGCCUCCUUCGUGGUGGACGGGCAGGAGCUGAUCUGCCUGCCGCAGGUCUUCGACCUCUUCCUCAAGCACCUGGUCGGCGGGCUGCACACCGUCUACACCAAGCUCAAGCGGCUGGACAUCGCGCCCGUCGUCUGCACCGUGGAGCAAGUGCGCAUCCUGCGCGGGCUGGGCGCCAUCCAGCCGGGCGUCAACCGGUGCAAGCUCAUCACGCGCAAGGACUUCGAAACUUUGUACAGCGACUGCACCAACGCCAGGUGAG